GGUUAUGUGGCAGCUCCACAUCUGAUAACAACAUUUGACGUCAGCUGAAUGUCAAAUUAAAUUUGCUUGAUAAAUCUUUGAGUUAGGAAAAAGUAAAUAAUAAAGUAGUGACUACAAUUAGGAACGCUGGGAAAUAUAUAUACCGUUCUUAUACACGAUAUUAUGAGAAGGUGACCACCGUCAGGAGACAACCAAUUCAACUUUAAUAAUAUUGAGCUAAGUUGCAAAAAUGCUGAAGUUCUUCAAGAAUAUUUUAUUGAGUCUUUACAUGCAAUACGAAUUGGUUACUUGCAUUUAUAUGUUUGAGCCAUGGGAAAAGAAACUAAUAAAUAGUUUUGUAAUACUAACACUUGGUUUGGUGAUAUUCUCCAGCUUCGUGUAUUUGCCAUCAUAUUUUGAAACAUUCCUACAAUUUGUGUCUCCGUUACCACAAAAAGAAGGCUCAGCAUCGUAUACACCCAUGUUACAAACACAAAAAAUGAGUAUGAGUUAAGAGAGAAUGGGACAUGACCGAAGUAAAAACGCACAAUAUAUUUUUGUUAAGUGUAAAUACACUAUUUAGGGCUAAAAUCUUAAUAACAGCAUUGAUAAUUAACAAUUUAAAUUCCACGAACUAUGAUGUCUAGUUUGAUACUUAUACUAGACAUGACAUUAAUGUGAAAAUAGACAGACUAUGUGGAACUCAAUGAAUUUGAAAAAUGUUAAUGUGUAUAAAGUAAUACUUAAUAAUAUGGUGCUUUAGAUGAAAUUUUUGUAAUACAAUGCGCAUUUAGUUUUAAAAUGAUUUCAGAUAAUUUAGUACAUAUACAUUCAAUUUUUAUUAUUCAUCCUUGAAAUAAAAGGUUUAAAGACAAUAUAUAUAUGUAUUCAAACAUAUUCGCACAGGAUGAUGGGUGAAACCAAUCAGAAAAGUUGUAAUCCAUCAAUUAUAUAGAAAGUAUAGUUUAACGCUCAAUAAACAUUUAUUUCACAACGUAUAAAUAACUUAAA